AUGAAGUCCUCCAGCAUCGCGGUACUCUUGUUUUUAGUUGGCUGCGUGGGAGCUGCUCAGCUCAAAGUGAUUGACGACACGACCUACGAGUCUGGAGCAGCACGUUCCCCAGUGUAUGGGUACGAAAUCACUUACAAGUCUACGCACCAGAUUGAUGACAUUUACUUUGUUAAGAAUGGCGCGCGGACGAUCCCUUUCAUGGAAUCUUUCCCGACCUACGGCGGCUGCACCCUCACUCAGGGCGGUCCUUGCAACGGAGGUCAUCAGAGCCCGUGGGACUCAUCAGGCAAGGCUGACAACUCCGGGUGCUGGUCAUUCACUACUCACAGUAUCCUAUGCGAUCAUGACAUAACCUCCGACGAAGUGCAUAUCGAAUUCUGGUCGGGCGGCUAUUCUUCCACGAGCGGCUUCACUGUGAAAUCAUUGGACGCGGGUGGAUCAGUAAUUGCGACUGUGGCUGAUGUUGGGUCCCGGUCAGGGCUUACUGCUUGCAAUGCGCUCGACGGCGCUGGGACGCCAACGAUUUGUCCGGUCUCCCCUCCGACGACGUACACGCAACCUACUGCUGCGACACCCAGCCCGACCGCUGCGACACCCAGCCCGACCAGCGCCCCCAGCCCGGCAGCUUCUGGGGCUUCUGCCGUUGGCGAUCCUCACUUGCAAAACGUUCAUGGUGAGCGGUUCGACUUGAUGAAGGAGGGUAAUCACGUGCUCAUAAGCAUUCCUCGUGGACAGAUCGCCGAAAACGCCUUGCUUCGCGUGCGGGCCGAUGCGCGCCGAUUGGGUGGACAAUGUGCGGAUAUGUACUUCCAAGCGCUGAACGUUACAGGGUCUUGGGCUGAGGCCAGUCAAGCUGGAGGUGGCCUCCGCUACUUGAAUCUGCACGUGAAGCACCUAGGGCGGGCAGGGUUUGUUGUCGGAGGUCUGCUGGGAGAGGACGACCACGAGGACGUCAUGGUUCCUCCAGAGGCAUGUGCCACGCGUCUGGCCCUGGUGGAUAAUGUGGAAGCAGGCCUGAAAUCUCCAUCAGUGGCCUCGGUCGCAGUGGCAACCAUUGCGUGA